AUGACACCAGAGUUGUGGAGUAUUACACUGGAUCAUCGUACUCAGAUUCUCUUUAAUUUGGAUAUCAGUACGGUUUUGUUUAAUCUUGAGGUGAAGAACGGAUCGAAAGUGGUGGAGUCGGGAACUGGCAGUGGAUCGUUGUCCACCUCGUUCGCACGUACCAUUGCACCAGAGGGUCAUUUAUAUACAUUUGAAUUCCACGAGGAGCGUGCUAAGCAUGCUGUUCGUGACUUUACCGACAAUGGAAUCGACCAGUACAUCACAGUGACACAUCGUAACGUCUGUAAGGACGGAUUCAAACUGCCAGAGAUCGAAGGAAUGAUCGGAAACAUCGAUGCCGUCUUCCUCGACUUGCCAUCGCCAUGGGAAGCAAUUGACCACGCCGUUGCAGUGAUGCGUGAAGGUGGAAUGCUCUGCUCAUUCUCACCAUGUAUAGAACAAGUACAGACUGUUUGUUUAAAGUUAGAUGAAUCAGAUUUCGAAGAGAUUAAAACAAUUGAAGUAUUACUUAGAAAUAUAGAUAUUAGAAUUCAAGAAGAUCAAGAAUUAUUCUUAAAUAAUCCAUUCCAAAAGAUUGAAAGUAAAUUGAAAGAUAAAGAUGGUGAAACAAGCAGUAACGAAAAGAAAACAUACAAAAGAAAGAAGUGGGAGAAUGGAAAGAUUGAACCGUUUAGCAUUGGUGGUAUCAGCGGUGAAAACUAUCAUAAAUUACAAGCGAAACCUGUGACCAUCGAGAGAGGACACACAGGAUAUCUCACUUUUGCAAGAUAUAUGCCAAAGACAAUAUAA